AAAUAACGAAUUGAUUGUUAUUAUUAAUAAAAGUAAAAAUAUUAUUUCUGUUCAGUGCAUUAUAGCGAAGCGAUUGCAUUCCAAUAACAAAAUGCUCGCCCGACUCAUACCGAUUCACGGAGCUUUUCCAAAAUCUUCAUUUUACUCAUCCUGCCGAUUAAUGGCCAAUAGACAAAAUUUAGGAUUAAUCGAUGGUCAAUGGGUGAGCGCUCAAAGUGGCAAAACAUUUCCAGUCUUAAAUCCAGUUGAUAGUUCGCCUAUCGAACGCGUCCCGGACAUGGAUGCGACAGACACUCGCCUAGCGAUCGAUGCCGCCGCCAAAUCAUUCAAAACCUUUCGCAAAACAUUAGCUAAAGAACGGAGCGAGUUGCUUAGAUCGUGGUACAAUUUAAUGGUGAAGCACGCCGAGGAUUUAGCCAAAAUUUUGACCCAAGAAAAUGGCAAAUCGCUAAAUGAAUCUCGAGCCGAAGUGAAAUACGGCAAUUCGUUUAUCGAGUGGUUUGCGGAAGAAGCCAGGCGAAUUAACGGCGAAAUUCUCCAGGCGCCAUUUAAAAAUAGAGAAUUAUUUUUAUUGAGACAACCCGUUGGCGUUGCUGGCUUUAUAACUCCGUGGAACUUUCCACAUGCUAUGAUAACGAGGAAAGCCGGGGCCGCCUUAGUAGCUGGUUGCACGUGCGUUGUUAAGCCCUCCGAGGACACGCCACUGACCGCUUUAGCGAUUGCUCAGCUGGCGGAGGAGGCAGGUUUUCCAGCCGGAGCCAUUAACGUCGUGACGACAAGUUUGGAGAAUUCAAUCGGCGUUGGCCAAGAAUUGUGUACCAAUCCAAAAGUUCGUGUCCUAUCUUUUACAGGCUCGACCGCGGUGGGAAAAAUUUUAUAUAAGCAGUGCGCUCCAAGCAUGAAGCGCUUGAACCUUGAAUUAGGUGGCAAUGCACCUUACAUUGUCUUCGAAUCGGCGAAUGUUGAUUUGGCCGUUAAUGGAGCAAUGUCAAGUAAAUUUAGAAAUACGGGGCAAACUUGUGUUUCGGCCAACAGAUUCUUCGUGCAUUCCAAACUCUACGACGAAUUCGUAUCCAAGUUCAUUACUAAAAUAGCAAGUGAUAUACGACUGGGAGACGGAAGUAAGGAGGAGAAUACGCAUGGGCCUUUGAUCAAAGAGAGUCAGUUGAAAAUAAUUAACAGUCUUGUUGAUGAUGCAAGAGAGAAAGGGGCCACUAUUCAUUGUGGUGGUAAGCAUUUACCCGAUAUUGGACCACUAUUUUAUGCACCUACUGUGAUAACCGACGUUACCAAAGAGAUGGAAAUAUAUGCGAGAGAAAUUUUUGGACCCGUUGCUGUGAUACAUAAAUUUCACGACGAAGAGGAAGUCUUACAGAAAGCAAAUGACACGCCAGUUGGAUUGGCUGGUUAUUUUUAUUCAAACGACAUUUCACAAAUCUUUAGGGUGGCAAGGGAUUUAGAAGUAGGGAUGAUUGGUAUUAAUGAAGGAUUGAUUUCUUGUACGGAAGCCGCUUUUGGUGGAGUUAAGGAAUCUGGAAUUGGAAGAGAAGGUUCUAGUCAUGGAAUCGAUGAAUAUGUUGACAUCAAAUAUGUUUGUAUCGGAAAUAUUCAACAUUAAACGAAGUAAUAGCGAUUCCGCCAUUGCGGGGAGUGCAUGAUUUAUAAAAUUUUAUUACUAAGUAUUUUUGCUUGUUCCUUUU